CCCCCUCUGCUCCCUCCCUCCCCGUGCUCCUGGCAGAGGGAUGCUGGCCCCCGGCAUGGGCGGCCUCGCUGGCAUCUCUGCCGAGUCAACAAGUCUGGGGCUGCCCUCUGCCCGGCGAUCUGCACGGAAUGGAGCGUCCUCCUGGGGAGCAGGGCUGGGAGUGCCCAGAGUGUAGGCUGGGGCUGCCAGGGCUGGGGAUGCAUGGGGUAGGGGGAGGCCAGACACCCCCAUGGACACACGUGGCCCCUACGCACUCCUGCUGCCUGUCCAUGGGCAGAGUGGCCCUUAUGCUGCCCCCUUCCACCCUGCUCGCAUCUGUAGCAUCUGGGGACUCCUAGGCUUCGCCACCCGCUGCCUGAUGUAGCAUCCUUCCCCGUCCUGCUUUCGGCUCUUCACGUUUGAAACGCGGUACACUCAUCUUGCCCGAGUUUGCUGAGCCUCUCCCCAAAUUGGACCACUGUGAUUUCAUUGCUCCCUCACAAUUCCCCCUCCAUCGUAUCAUUCAAUCCUACAGGUACCUAGCUCUGACUUUCACUCUGCUUCUCAGCUGCUCCCCAGCUCACCUCACUAGCUUUGUGUCCUUCCAAAGCGUGCCAGCCUCCCACAGCACCCCACACCUUAAUGACCCCUUGUGUCACUCAGCCACCACACUGGACCCCCUAUUUCCCCAGCCCACAUCUGCUCAGCACUCCCCAAUGUCCUAGCCUCUUGGAAACUCCCAGAGGCUUCCCGACACGCAACCUCAAAUUAGCCCCUAGCCACCCCCAGCGGUUCUCUGGCCAUCCCUCUUCAUCCUGCCCCUCACUGUACCCUGAAGGCCACCUCUGACCCCUCCUCCCAAGUGACUUAGGAAGCCAGCAUCUGGGACUUGGCCUCUCCCCUGUCCAAGCUCUUGGGCAGGGCAGGGCCCCUGACCUCAGCUCUCUGCUGUUCAUGACCCAGAGGCUACACUGAGCCUGUGCGCCCCCUCCUGCCCCAGGAAGAGGCCCCCAGCUGCCCAGCUGCCAUGCACAAGCAUUACAAAGUCCACUUUGCCAAGGAUGCCCAGAGCCCCAACGGGCACUACUUCUGGGACCCAGAGUUGGGGCACCAAAAAGGAUGCUGUCAUCAGUGGCGCCAGGACUCAGCAGCCCUCCGAGCCCACAGGCCCUGUCGACCUUCCCCCCAGUCAUACUGGCAGCUGGCCUACCACAGCCACCGAGUGGGUGGCAGUGGCUGGCGCCGGGGCGCCUCGCCCUCCGUCCUGCAGCGGCAGCGGCAGCCCCAGCCCCAGCCCCCACCUCCCAGCCCCCUUCGGCAGCGGCUCUGCCCCAUUCACGAAGCCCAGAAAGGGGUGCCUGCAACCUCCACUGUCCCCAGGGAACCAGCCGGUGCCCUUCAGGCGCCCCCCUUACCCACCACGGCACUGGCCAUGGCCAGCAGUGGCCCAGCCCUAUCCUCUGCGGCCAGCAUCUUCCUGGAGCCCAGCGAACCCACUGAUGCCCGGCCUCUGCCCGCCCCAGGAGCCUGUGGCUCCUUCACCACCUACAGCCCCGAUAUCCUGACAGAGGAUGACGUCUACUGCAGCUGCCUGGCCAAGACACUCUGCCAUGUGCCGGUCCCUGUGACUGUGGGUUUCUACGCCCCUUUCGGCUGCCGCCUGCACAUGAUGCUGGACAAGAUCACGGCGCUGAUGCAGCAGGAGGCGGCGCAGCGCGAGAGGGAGGAGCUGCAGCACGUGCAGUGGCGGCCGCGCGCCGUGAGCGGCUGGGGCGUCCCGCAGCUGCUGUGGUACCUGGUGUUCCUGCAGCCCAUCAUCACCGAGGUGCACCUGCGGCGCAGGAACGUGCAGUUUCUUUUCAUCCGCUUUAGCGCCUGGCAGUACGAGGGCACCGACAAGCUGUGGGCCGGCCUGGUGACCACGUUGUGCGAGGGCAUCCGCCACCACUACGGCGCGCUGCCCUUUAGCGUGUACUCGGUGCUGGGCAACAAGCCGGCCACCAGGCAGGACUGCUGCCAGAGCGAGUGGCACUGCCGGCGCCGCGUGUGCCUGGGGCUGCUGGCGCUGCUGGCGGCGCUGGGCCUGGGCGUGGGGCUGCUCUACCUGUCGCUGGGCGGCCACGCACUGGGCCACAGCAGCCCGAACGGCAGCCUGCUCAAGGCGUUCGGCGGCGCGGCCACCACACUGUCGGGCUCGGGGCUGCUCAUGGCCGUGUACUCGGUGGGCAAGCACCUGUUCGUAAGCCAGCGCAAGAAGAUCGAGCGGCUGGUGUCGCGCGAAAAGUUCGGCAGCCAGCUGGGCUUCAUGUGCGAGGUGAAGAAGGAGGUGGAGCUGCUCACUGACUUCCUGUGCUUCCUGGAGAUCUACCAGCGGUGCCGGCUGCGCGUGGUACUGGAGGUCACCGGGCUGGACACGUGCUAUCCGGAGCGUGUGGUGGGCCUGCUCAACGCCAUCAACACGCUGCUGUCCGACAGCCACGCGCCCUUCAUCUUCAUCCUGGUCGUGGACCCCAGCAUCCUGGCUGCGUGCCUGGAGAGCGCAGGCAACAUGAAGGGCACGGCCGACAACGGCUACCUCUUCCUCAACCGCACGGUCACGCUGCCCUUCUCUGUGCCCAUCAUGGGCCGCCGCACCAAGCUGCAGUUCCUGCAGGAUGCGGUGCAGAGCCGCGACGACCUGUUGUGCCGCGACAUCACGCGCAAGCUAUUGCUGCCGGGGGACGCCAGGGGCGAGAGCGCGCAGCUGCUGGCGGUGCAGACGCAGGCGGGGGCGGAGCGCGGGCAGGGCCGCAUCGACGCCGAGGCUGCGCAGCGCAUCCAGGAGGCGCUCUUUUGCCUUCACAACGAACACGACUGCCUCUACGAGUACGUGCCCGACAACGUGGUGUCCAUGCGGCGCAUCGUCAACACCGUGCCUAUCACCGUGCGCCUGCUGCAGCAGCAGCAGCAGCAGGGGGACUUCGGGGGCCCCACGCCGCGCCAGGCGGUGGCGUGGGUGGUGCUCGCCAACCAGUGGCCGUGCCGCCUGAGCUGGGCGCUGCAGUGCCUGGAGGACCGGCAGCAGACGGGGGGCGCGCCCGAGGGCCAUGCUCGCCUCUGGGACGUGUUCCGCGACAACAGCCGCGAGCUGCACACUAUGACCAAGGCGUUGCAGAACGUACUCGACCUGGACGGCGACCCUGAGCUCUUCGAGCGCUUCCUGGGCGCCGACUUCCCCUUCACCGUGGCCGAGGCACAGAGCCUGCUGCGCUGCACGGUCAACCUGGACCACUCAAUCCGCCGGCGCAUGGGUCUCAUCCGAGCCGUCAGCGCCCUCAAGCCGCCCAGCCCGCCCAAGUCCCCUGCCCGCGAUGCCCCCCACGCUGCCCACCGGACCAACAGCGCCUCCGGGGCGCCUCCGUCGGGCCGUGCCUCAGGGCAAGCCAGCGAAGGCCACCACGCUGCGGACUUGGCCCACAGGGGCAAGCUAUGGCCGGUGGCCUGCUCGCUCUUCCAUCCAGGGCAGUCCAGCCCAGGUGGGCCUUGAAUAGAGGACUUGGCGGGCAGCAGGAGGCAAGGGUUCCUCUGUCUGCCCAGAUGGGGGAAUAGGGGGCUGGACUGGACCCAGGGUCCCAAUGAGCCCUGUGAGGGCCACACCCCCGGGUGAAUCGGAGCCAGAGCCGUGGACAUAGCCUCCAGGAGCGGGGCAGCGAGCCGGUGGCAGCAUGAGAGCAGGCACAGAAGGACCAAUGAGAAACUCAGGAUAUACGUGCAAUAAAUGGGGGUGUUGAGAGCCCCGAGUUGCUCUCUGCAUCCUGAUCCGACCAGGGACCAGGCCUGCCCCGUCCUGCCACAGGGCCUGCCCCAUCCUGUCAAGCCCACUUCCUCCUCUGUGCCAUGCUGGCCUCCUCAUCUGGCAUCUCUGUGGCAGGAAAGGCUGCGGGGGCGGUGGGCGAGGCUGCAGAGCUGGGAGAUGACAGGUGGAUGGGCGGGGUUGACUCAGGCACCAUGGAGCGCCCAGGCUUCAGGGAAUCCCAGUCCUCGUCCCCAUGCCCUAGUCUGCCCCUCUGUGAGUAGGGCAGGAGCUGGCAUUUCCGAGGGUGACCUCGGUGACCUCAGCAGGCUGCUCCACCCCUAGGGUGGCUCCAUUCUCAACGUAAUGGGUUAAUUAGACCUCGCUGGCAUCUCAGCCAGUUGGGGUGGGUGGCACUAACCUCCCCCAGACAAAUAACUGUCCACAGGGUACCUGACUUAUGAGUCGCUCCAGGGCCACCCAAGGACCACUGGUUAGUCACUGACACUGAAGCCACUGCAUCAGCCCUUUGAUGAGGACAGGGAAGUUGGGCAGAGAUGGGGACAUACAGGACCCAAGCCACAGCCAGCCAGGAGGGGUUACACUAGGGCUGCCCACCUUUCCUCUGGACAGAGCCCUGGGCUGGGGUGGGUGUCAGUCCUCUGGGCAGUUCCUGAUUCCUCAUUGGUCAAAUGUUCAGCCACACGCUCAGGCCCUGGGGUGCCUGACCCAGUUCCAAGUGUGUGCCGGCAGGGGCUGCAAGGGCCAACACUGAACACACCCUGGGAUGAGGCUGAGGGUGUGGCUUCUCAGCCGGGGCCCUGAUGCUGGCAGAGGGGACAGUCCCUGAGGAACCUGAGAGCUCCGCAAAGGCACCCACCCUCAGACCAUGGGACUGGGGUCACUGACCCCACAGUUCUUUAGCUCCAAGGCUGAGCAUGGCAUCCAGGUCUGGCUGCAGCACCAGAAUCCUCUGGCCACAGCAAUUGUCACAGGUGCAUGCAGGUCAGUGAUAGCCCUCCAGGAUCGUCCCUGGAGUUGAGCAAGCAGAGGUGCUGUUUCCCAUUCUUGGACUGGCUAAGCUGGUAGAUACACCUGGACCUCCUGGGAGCUGCUUCCUAGCAGUCAGGGAGAGUUGGCCUCAGAGGGAGAGGCAUGGGGCUUGUGACACCGUUAAGUCUGUUUCUGUAGAUGUGUGGUUGGGGUCAGUAUAUCCCUUUAGCCUCCCCUAAGCCAGUUUCAGUUGGUUUUGUUUCUUACCACCUGGAAUCCAGGCUGAAAAUAAAUUUUCACUCCUGUUACCAGGAGUGGGGUGCUGUGAGAGAUGCUAACAUGUAGACUUGGCUGGAGGUGGGGGCAGGACUGAAGCCCCCCCAUGCCUCAGUAAGAAGUCGCAUCAGUCUGGCCAACGGUGAAACCCCAUCUCUAAUAAAAAUACAAAAAAAUUAGCUGGGCAUGGUGAUGCACACCUGUAAUCCCAGCUACUCAGGAGGCUGAGGUGGAUCGCUUGAACCCGGGAGGCGGUGGCUGGAGUGAGCCGAGAUGAUGCCACUGCACUCCAGCCUAGGUGGCAGAGUGAGACUCCGACAAAAAAAAAAAAAAAAAAAAGCUGUAGCCUCUGUUACGUGGGUACCAAGCUGUGGACAAACUGUUGGCCACUGUAUAUUCAUGUGGAGCUGCUCUGAGAACUUGCACCUGUGUAAAGCCACGGGACUGGUUGUCACCAACAAAACGGGAGCACGGCUGAUGUGUGCGCCUUUCCCAGCAAUGAGUUAGGGAGCAGGUUUCCCUUCUCCACUCCCUUCCCCAUCUGCCCACUUGAUCUGAGACCCAUGAGGCCCUGGGGAGCAAGAGCUCUAAGAGCUUCAAAGGGGCCUGGAUCCAGGAAUAACUUGGUGAAGAGCUGCCUGCCACUCUGAACAGCCACGUGUAACGAUAAGCAUCUCCUGUGUUAGGA